CAAUUGGCUUUAAGAUCCUUUGUCGCCAUGUCAUAGCUUCGUAUGGAGGCGGAGGGAGAAGCCAAAGCGGCGCCCAUUGUGAAGGAAACGGUGCAGGAAUCCUUCAACAACUACCAGGUGGAUUGCGUGAACUUCUCGGUGCUCACGGCUGAUGAGAUUGCCACCUAUAGCGAGGUAGAGGUCCUGAACCAGAUCAACUAUGACAUCUCCACGGAGAAGCCCUUCACCUUCGGGCCCCUGGAUGCGCGCAUGGGCAGCAACACCAAGGCCGGCACCUGCCAAACUUGCGAGAAGCGCAUCGACGAGUGCGUGGGCCACUUCGGGCACAUCUCCUUGGCGCUGCCGGUGUUCCACGGGGGGUUCCUGAGGCACACCCACCAGAUCCUGGCGUGUCUCUGCAAGACCUGCGCCAGAGUUCUCCUCUCGGCGGACGCCGGGCAGAAGUUCCUGCGGCGCCUGCGGCGUCCCAUCGACGACUUGCAACGCCAGGCGCUGCAACGGAAGAUUUUGGAGACCUGCAAGAUCACCCGGCUGUGCCCGCACUGCGGCAGUCACAACACCUCGGUGCGGAAGGGCACCGGGGUGCCGCUGAUCUUGCGCCACGCCGUGGGGCCCUCCAAUAAGAUGGCGCCUGAGGAAAUCUCCGCGCCCUUUGCGGCUUCCUUCGAUGUCGCAAGGCUCUUCAACAAGGAGGUGGAGUUCUAUGCAGACAAGGCCUCCGAAGACUUCAACCCGCUGGUGACCUACGAACUUCUGCGCCGGGUGGUGCCCUUGGACCGCGAGCUGCUGGGCUUCCUGCGGCCCGAGCAGCUCAUCAUGUUCUCCGUGCCGGUGCCCCCAGUCUGCAUCCGCCCCACCGUCAGCAUGGGCGACAAAGGCACCCGGGAGGAUGACUUGACGGUGGCCAUCGGAGAGAUCGUGGAGGCCAACACGGCAUUGAUGACGCAGCUGGCGCGGGGCCUGCCGCGCCAGGUCUUAGAGGCCUGGGAGUUCCUGCAGGAGGCCUGCGCCAGGUAUGUGAACUCCGAGAUGUCGGGCCUACCGCAGGUCAAGGGCAAGAGUGUUCGCUCCAUUUGCACGCGUCUGAAGGGCAAGGAGGGGCGGUUCCGCGGGAACCUGAGCGGCAAGCGAGUGGACUUCUCCGGACGGACGGUGAUCUCGCCUGAUCCGAACGUCUCCGUGGAGCAGGUGGUGAUUCCUGAGUGGGUGGCCAAACGAAUGACCUUCCCGGAGCGGGUGUGCGAGGCAAACCUCCAGCGACUCCGGGAAGCCAUUGGCAGAGGGCCGGAGGAUCAUCCAGGGGCGUGUUUCAUCCACACCUCCGAUGGCCGCAGGAAGUAUUUGGGGGCCAUCCGGAAGAACUUUCGGAAGCAGAUGGCGGACAGCCUGCGGUGCGGUGACCUGGUGGAGCGCCAUAUGCGCGAUGGUGACGUGGUGCUCUUCAACCGCCAGCCCUCCUUGCACCGGCUCUCCAUCAUGGCCCACCGCGCCAAGGUGAUGCCUGGCAGGACCUUCAGAUUUAACGAGUGCGUGUGUGCGCCUUACAACGCGGACUUUGACGGGGACGAGAUGAACAUCCACCUGCCCCAGACGGAGGAGGCUCGGGCGGAGGCCAUGACGCUGAUGGGCGUCAGAGAUGGCUUGGUGACGCCGAAGAGCGGAGAGGUGGCCGUGUGCGCCACGCAGGACUUCCUGACUGGGGCCUUUUUGCUGACCCAGCGGGAUGUGUUCUUGUCGCGAGACAAGUUCUGCCAGCUUUGCUGCUUCCUGACAGACGCGAAGGAGCCCAUCGAGCUUCCACCCCCGGCGAUCCUGAAGCCGUGUGAGCUGUGGACGGGGAAGCAGGCCAUCUCUGUGAUGCUUCGACCCAACCGGCGCACGGAGGUCUACGUGAACUUGGAAGUGCCUGAGAAGAACUACACCAAGAAGGGUGAGUCCAUGUGCCCGCAGGACGGCUGGGUGCUGUUCCGCAACUCCGAGCUGCUCAGCGGGAACUUGGGCAAGAAGGUCUUGGGGGGCGCCAAGAACGGCCUCUUCUUCCGGCUAAUCCGGGACUGCGGGGCGCAGAGCGCCAUCGACUGCAUGAGCCGCAUCGCCAAGCUCACCAGCCGCUGGCUCAUGAACCGGGGCUUCACCAUCGGAAUCGACGACGUGAACGCUGAGUAUGGGCGCGGCGGCGGCAAAGUGUCGACCGAGAAGCGACGGAUCACCGCGGCGAAGUAUGAGACGGUGGCAGCGUACAUCAGCCAGUACAGUGCAGGAACACUGGAGAACAAGCCCGGGUGUAAUGCAGAACAGACGCUGGAAGCUUUGGUGAACGGAGAGCUGGGCCGUAUUCGCGAUUUGGUUGGCGGGAUGUGUGAGGAGAAGCUGGCGUUUUACAACAAGCCUCGCAUCAUGGCCACCUGCGGCUCCAAGGGCAGCCCCAUCAACCUCUGCCAGAUGAUGGCGUGCGUGGGCCAGCAGAAUGUGGGGGGCCAGCGGAUCAAGGACGGCUUCGUGAACCGCACCUUGCCGCACUUCGCGAAGGGCUCCAAGGAGCCCAAGGCCCGGGGCUUCGUGGCCAACAGCUUCUACUCGGGGCUCGAGGCGCCGGAGUUCUUCUUCCACACCAUGGGCGGCCGAGAGGGCUUGGUGGACACGGCGGUGAAGACGGCCGAGACAGGGUACAUGCAGAGGCGGCUCAUGAAGGCCUUGGAGGAUUUAGCCUUGAAGUACGACCUCACGGUCCGCACCAGCACCAGCGACGUGGUGCAGUUCGCCUUUGGCGACGACGGGCUGAACCCGGCCAAGAUGGAGGGCUCCGCCUCGAAGCCUUUGGACUUCCAGUAUGUGCUCAAUUAUGUGGUGCACGUGAAGCGCCCGCCCUUCCCUGCGCGGCGCGGGUGCCAGGAGCUCGCGAGGAUCUCAGCGCCCAAGCCGCUGCCGGAGCAGAAGGGCCGGGCAGCGCCCAUCCAAAGGAGCCCGGAGGAGGCCCAGAGCGAUCAGUACCGCCUGUGGCCGUUGCUGCCUUAUGACCUCCAACAGCUGGCGGAGCCCUGUGCCAAGUGCUUUGUGGAUUUCGUGACCCGGACACAAGGCGCCUCUGAUCUCGAGCUGGAGCACGUCAAGGGGGAUGUGCGCAGCUUCAUCAAGGACUUGGCAUCAGAGGUGGCGAAAAAGCGCGCCCUUCUCAACCUCGAGCUGGGUGAAACGCAGGAGUCGGCCGCGAAGGCCCGCAACAACGGCAGGCUGCAGGAUGCCUUGGCACUGAUGGACCUGGGGCCGUGCCCCACGCUGCAGCAGUUGGAUGAGUUGAUCAACACCUGCGCCUUGAAGUACGUGCAGGCCAUGCUGAUGCCUGGCGAGGCAGUGGGUGCGGUAGCUGCCCAGUCCAUUGGGGAGCCUGCCACGCAGAUGACGCUGAAGACCUUUCACUUCGCUGGCGUUGCCAGCAUGAACGUCACCCUGGGGGUUCCGAGGAUCAAGGAGAUCAUCAAUGCUGCCAAGAACAUCUCCACUCCGAUUAUCACCUGCACACUACGGGAUGAAUACAACGAGGUGAGCGCGCGGAUUGUGAAAGGUCGCAUCGAGCGCACCAAUCUUGGGGACUUGUGCCGCUACUUCAAGGAGGUCUACGAUCCGGCCCACGGGUGCUUCGUCAGCGUGAAGGUGGAUUUGAAGACCAUCGAGAGGCUGCAAUUGGAGCUCACCGUCCAGGACAUCAAGAACGCUCUGACGGACUACAAGAACUUGAAUGGCAUUCGCUUAACUCAGAACGACAUCGAGAUCGUCUCAGACGACAAGCUGCGGGUGAAACCUCCGAAGAUGACGGCGGGGAACAAGAUCUUGUACUUCUCCCUCCAGGCGCUCAAGGCUGCGCUACCCAAGGCGGUGGUCAAGGGCAUCUCAUCCACCAAGCGAGCGGUGCUGAACAAGAAGGAGACCGGCAGCAAGGUGUCCUACACGCUGCUGGUGGAGGGCUACGGCCUGCGGGAGGUCAUGGGCACCCCAGGCAUCGACCCCAACAAGACCAGCUCCAACCACGUGGUGGAGGUGGAGAAGGUUCUAGGCAUCGAAGCGGCACGGCGGACCAUUAUGCAGGAGAUCAAGCUGACGCUGGGCGCCCAUGGAAUUGCUGUGGAUGCGCGGCACAUACAGAUGCUCGGAGACUGCAUGACAUACCGCGGCGCCGUCUUGGGCAUCAACCGCUUCGGGAUCAGCCGAAUGCGAACUUCUGCUCUGAUGCUCGCCUCCUUCGAGCGCACCACGGACCUGGUCUUCGACGCCGCGGCGCGGCACCGCUCAGACCCGGUGAAGGGCGUCUCCGAGUGCAUUAUCAUGGGCUCCACCAUCAACCUCGGCACAGGGCUCUGCAAGUUGCUCUAUGACUUCCAGGCCCCAUCCGGCCAAGGCACGGAGGACCCCAAGACGAAGGUCACUCAGAGCCGCAGCCCUCUCUUGAAGAAUUGGCGAAAGCGCGUGACCUUCGAGGACGAGGUCAGCAAUAAGGUCCCCCGACUGGAAAGUACCAAGGAGGACAAGCGAGCCAAAGGCUGACUUCUGAGGGCAUUGUGGAUGAAAAGCCGACUUCUUGCAAGGGAGUGCCGUGUG